UUCUUUCUGUUGAGGAUUUUUCUUUCUCUCUUGCUGAAGACCAGAUUCUGGUCAGAUUCACAGAUUCUACUUCUUUUAUCUCUUGUGAUUUGUUAAAGCCCCGCUGAAUUCACUGCUAAUUCAACAGGAAGUGAGUCCACUGAAGGUGGCAGAAGAGCCGUGGAGUGAUCAACUGAAAGUAAAAGAAAGCUCCUUCCUGGUGGUGGUUUCCUCCUCCCUCCCCCAUCUGCUUCCUAGGAUUUGUUCUAGUGUGAGCAGCUAGGAAUUUGAGCAUGUGGAAUGAGGUAGUUUAGGGGACUUACUGGCCGUCGUGGUGCUGGGAAAGGGUGAAGCAGGCUACCACUACAUUCUACUACCUCUUGACGAGGAUGGAUUUCAGCGGACGACUCUACAGUAUCGGGGAAGAAAUAGACAGUGACGAGCUGGCUUCCCUCAAGUUCCUAAGCCUGGACCACAUCCCACAAAGGAGGCAGGAACCCAUCAAGGAUGCCUUGAUGUUAUUCGAGAGACUCCAUGAAAAGAGAAUGUUGGAGGAAAGCAACCUGUCCUUCCUGAAGGAGCUGCUCUUCCGUAUUAACCGAUUGGAUCUGCUGAUUACUUACCUGGGUACUAGCAAGGAGGAGAUGGAGAGAGAACUUCAGAUCCCUGGCAGGGCUCAAAUUUCUGCCUACAGGGUCAUGCUUUUUCAGAUUUCAGAAGAUGUGUCUAAAUCGCAAUUGAGAACAUUUAAGUUUUUUUUGAGCAAGGAUAUCUCCAAAUGUAAACUGGAAGAUGACAUGAGCUUGCUUGAUAUUUUCAUAGAAAUGGAGAAGAGAGUCAUCCUAGGGGAAAGAAACCUGGACACCCUGAAAAGAGUCGUUGGCAAAAUCAGCAAGAGCCUGCUGAAGAAAAUCAAUGAUUAUGAAGAAUUAAACAGAGAGAGAAGAUUGAGCCUUGAAAGAUCAUCAGAUGAGUUUUCAAACGGGGAGGAGACAUUCAGAAUGCUGGAAAUAUCAGACUCUCCAAGAGAACAAGACAGUGAUUCACAGACAUCUGACAAAGUUUACAGAAUGCAAAGCAAACCUCGUAGAUACUGUUUGAUCUUCAACAACUAUGAUUUUAGCAUAGCACGGAAGGCAGUGGACAAACUUCGAAGAAUUAAGGAUAGAAAUGGCACCCAUUUGGAUAAAGAUGCUUUAAGCAAGACCUUUAAUGAGCUUCAUUUUGAGGUAGUACAUUUUGAAGACUCCACAGCAAAAGAAAUCCAUGACGUUCUGAAAGUCUACCAAAGCAUGGACCACAAUAACAAAGACUGCUUCAUCUGCUGUAUCCUCUCCCAUGGAGACAAGGGCAUUGUCUAUGGCACCGAUGGAGAGGAGGCCUCCAUCUAUGAGCUGACAUCUUAUUUCACUGGUUCGAAGUGCCCUUCUCUUGCUGGAAAACCCAAAGUCUUUUUUAUUCAGGCUUGUCAAGGCGAUAAUUAUCAGAAAGGUGUACCAGUUGAGACUGACUCAGAACAGAAGGAAGCCUAUUUAGAAAUGGAUGUAUCAUUUCAAAAGAGAUAUAUCCCAGAUGAGGCUGACUUUCUGCUGGGCAUGGCUACUGUGAACAACUGUGUUUCCUACCGAAACCCUGUAGAGGGGACCUGGUAUAUCCAGUCACUUUGCCAGAGCCUGAGAGAAAGAUGUCCUCGAGGUGACGAUAUUCUCACCAUCCUGACUGAAGUGAACUAUGAAGUGAGCAACAAGGAUGACAGGAAACACAUGGGGAAACAGAUGCCACAGCCUUCCUUCACUCUGAGGAAAAAACUCUUCUUUCCCCUUAAUUGAUACUAUGUUUACCUCUAUUAACACUAUAGUUGUUUCUAGCUGCUGUUUUAUUACUAUUUUGCACAAUUUUUAGGUUAAAGUUAAUAUAUUAAC